UUUCAGUGAAAUACGAAAAAGUACAAAACCUGAUAAAGCUUAAGGAUAUUCUCAAAUUUACACUUGUUGGUUAUUAACAUAUUAAUUAACUCACUAUGGAUUGGUUGUUUGGCAAAAAAAUAUCGCCAGAUGAGAUGCUGCGCAAGAAUCAACGAGCUCUGAAUAGAGCUAUGAGGGACCUAGACAGGGAGCGGUUGAAAAUGGAGCAGCAAGAGAAAAAAAUUAUUGCUGAUAUUAAGAAAAUGGCCAAGGAAGGGCAAAUGGACGCCGUGAAAAUCAUGGCAAAAGAUUUGGUACGGACACGACGAUAUGUAAAGAAAUUCAUGUUGAUGAAAGCAAACAUACAAGCCGUCUCACUAAAAAUACAAACACUCAAAUCACAGAAUACAAUGGCGCAAGCGAUGCGCGGCGUUACUAAGGCAAUGCAAAAUAUGAAUCGCCAAUUGAAUCUCCCACAAAUACAGAAAAUAUUACAUGAAUUUGAAAAGCAGUCCGAAAUCAUGGAUAUGAAGGAAGAAAUGAUUAAUGAUGCCAUUGACGAUGCUAUGGAAGAUGAAGGUGAUGAGGAGGAAACUGAUGCCGUAGUUUCGCAAGUAUUGGAUGAAUUAGGCUUGCAACUUGGAGAACAAUUGGGAGAUUUACCCACAGCUUCGGGCUCUUUGUCUAUAGCGGGUGGUAUUAAGAAUACACCAGCUGCUGUAGCUGCAGGUGGUAUAGGUACAGGCGGUGGUGGUUCUAGUAACGGAGGAAAUGGAGGUAAUACUGCAGCAGCUGGCGGUAGUGGUGCAUCGUCACCCGUGUCUGAUGCUGAUGCAGAUUUGCAAGCGCGUUUGGAUAAAUUGCGCCGCGAUUAAGAGCUGUUUGAUGUAAACAUGUGAUUUAAAUAUCUUAACAGUAACCGCUUGCAUUUCGCUACACAAUUUUAAAUUUAGUAUAUUUUCUUUAUACGAAAAUACAUCAUUUUAAGUCUUGUAACAGUUUUAAUCGGUUUGAGGUAUUAUUUUUUAUAUAAAUAGAUUUGUAUAAAACACCUUAUUAAAAUGGCGAAAUGCUUGUCAAGAUUGUUUACUUUAAAGGUCCGUUACUGUUUUAAAACUUAAUUAACCGUUAUUGCAUAUGACCUAUUCAUAUUGGAAUAGCUUCCAAUCAUUAUAUUCAAAAUUAUUUGAUUUUCCCAAAACUUAUUUAUAUAAUUUUGUA